GACUCCUCCUCCGUCUCCCCUUACCGCUCGCAGGGGGCGAGCUGGGGCGGGCUUUUGCUGAGCCUCCACCCCCUCAGCCUUCUCCGGACUCGGCCUCAAAGUGCUUCACCUCUGGCUGGCAGAGCCAGGGAAGGGCGCCCUAGGGCGGAGACGGACACCUAGCGCUGUAGAGGGAAAGUGACGAGCCGCCCUUCGUUGUCAGCCAGGAACGCGGACACAGCGGCGCUCCCACCCAGCUGCAGUGGAUCCUUAGGCCGCCGAGAUGGCAGCUGCCGGCGCUCGAGGCCUGCGGGCCACCUACCACCGACUCAUGGAUAAAGUGGAGUUGUUGCUGCCAAAGAAAUUGAGGCCGCUAUACAACCACCCGGCAGGCCCCAGAACAGUUUUUUUCUGGGCUCCGAUAAUGAAGUGGGGAUUGGUAUGUGCUGGAUUAGCUGACAUGGCCAGACCUGCAGAGAAACUCAGCACAGCUCAAUCCACUGUGCUGAUGGCUACAGGGUUUAUUUGGUCAAGGUACUCACUUGUAAUUAUACCAAAAAAUUGGAGUUUGUUCGCUGUUAAUUUCUUUGUGGGGUCAGCAGGAGCCUCUCAGCUGUUUCGGAUCUGGAAGUAAGCCUACUACCAAGAUAUAAUCAAGAACUCAAAUCUAAAGGAAUCCAGUAAGAGAGUUCCUGAUCACCUGAACAUUCUAGAUGUGGACAGAAACAUUGAAACCUAGUGUAUUUGAUUACUGAUAAGGUGAUGCUAAUAUUCUGAUAACAUUUGAAAAGAACGAAAACAAAAUCUAACUGUAAUUAAUAGCUAGCACUUGACUUCACAAAAAAAAAAAUAAAACAAACUUUUAGUAACAGUCUGUCUUUACAUAUGCCUCAAGGAACUGUGGAUAGCACCAACGUUGUUUUCUACCCUUUGUCCAUAAUAAAUCCUACUUGGUCAUA